GGGUUAUUUUUAUGCUAAUAUGAAGAAGUAUAGUUAUAUUAAUUUGAUGCCUAUAUGGCUGCUUUAGUUUUGUAAAGCAAAAGUUAUGAUGAAAAUAAAUACAGACACUGAGAGAUCUCGCUUUUUCAAAUAUUUGCACAACUGGACAAUUGUAAUUUUGUUCAAUUUUAAAAAAAUAAUUCUGUGUAAUACAAAGUCUUUAUGCACAGCAAUGAGGUUUGUAAACAAAAUACAAUCACAACAUCCAUUCAUUCCACUCCAAACUUCGGUCUAAUUAUACCGAAUUGAAACUUUAUUAACCACGAAAUAUAAUUGAAUUUUCAGCAUCAACCGUACUGGACCCUAAUAAUAUUCAUGAAGUUAUAAUUUAAACCGUUGGACGGGUGUAAAAUCACAAUGUUUAUCAUUGGUACCGAGUUAUAGGCAAUCAGGGAUGAUUUAUAACUCGAAUGUGCUACCGCUCGCGAUCGCUUCGAUCCCAACCGCGAUAGGCCUACGUAUCGUAUAGAUAAGUAACUUGCGCGAGCGCAUCGAUCACUUGCGUUUGCCGGAUCAAUUGUGAGACCAGUUUAUGCAGGGCUCUCACGAAUAAAACGACAACAGCACCAUCCGAUAUAUUUAAUUAAUAUCCAUACUAUUUUAGGAGUAAACUACUUCAUUACAAUAUAUUAAUAUACAUUCAAAAUUCUUGUUAUUAAAUAAAUAAAAAGUGUUGUUCACAGGUAUUUACCGUCACUAAAAUGUGUAUUGAAAAAUUAGUUCGUUAAUAUUUUUUGAUAAAUAUCAAUAUAUAAAUGUAUGAGAGGCAAUUUCACAGCAGGCGUUCUGUAGCCUAUCGAGACUUAUGAUUUGUGAAAAAUAUUGUCAAAUAUCAAAUUAUGAUAAUCUAUUAUUAUUAUGAUAUCUGUAUGAAUAAUGAUUUAACAAUAUUGGGUGUGAAUUUAUAUGUUUGAAUGGUGUCUAUGGGCGUGUUUAACAAAACUGUUGGGAAAUCUUAAGUUGGUAUAUAAAUCAAAGUCCUUUUGGUACCAUUGAUAUGCGUACAAAUAAUGUUUGUUACGUAUUUCGGCAUUGUAUAGCUAAUAGGCUCUUGUAAUUAAGAUAACUACUUUAUACUUAAAUCACUGUACUCAGAUUAACUUGACUUGACAUGCGAAUUUACUAAUUGGCACUUAUAUUUUUUAAGAUAUGAAAAACAUAAUUAAUGUUCGUUAAAUCAAAUCGUUAUAUUAUAUUGAUAAAAGUUUAAAAUCGUUGAAUUAGUGAAAAAUAGUGAUUACAGAGCAAUGGUGCCGCCCGAUAAGUUCCCUUAUCGCCUGAUAUUACGAGGAAAUCACAUAAAAUCGACGUAAUUUGCGAUAAAAACGUGAGAUUUCUUUUUUUUAUCGGCAAAUCCAUUUUUCAGUCGAUGCUCAGAUAGCGGUCUCGUCGGUUGUGAUAGAUCAUUACUUAUAUACUAUAUCUUGUGUACUUAUAUUCUUUGGAAAUUAUCAAGACUCACUGGAGAUUUUCAUCUUAUCAAAUACGUGCAAUAUGAACUGGUCGUCAAUCCCUGCGACAAGUUGAGGCCUACAGAUGCAAAGACUGAACCCGACCGCACUUUAGUUCGGGUUCAUCAUACACGAAACUGACUUUAGGAAUGUUGAUAGGGGAGUGGACUUUUAGUGCGUGUGUAUAAAAGCGAUGCAUGGUGUGUGAGGUCGGAUCGGCCAUGGACAUGAGUGGAGAGGGCGCGGGGUCGGGGGCGAGCGCGCUGCAGCAGCGGUGGUACGAGGGCCGCGUCAACGGCAGCCCCGCCGCCGGCGACGUCAACGCCGACGCCAAUGGCGACGGCUUCUUCCACUCCCCGCUGGAAGGCGGUCAUCACAGUCGCGCCCGCUACUACCAUCAACAAAUGCACGCCCCCUACUCCGCCGCAGUCGGCUCGCACGGUCGAACGCUGAGCGGCGGCAGCGGGCAGGUGUGCAGGCCGCACUUCCACACGCCGCUGCAUCCCUGGCUAGAGUCCAAGGCACUAAGCGGUGGUGCGUGGGGUAGUGGCUUCCAGCAAGAUGCGGCGCAGGCAGACAAACCCUUGUCACCCGCGCAACAUCACCACCCACACCCCCUGUUCUCGUUUCCCCCGACGCCGCCGAAGGAUUCGACGCCAGACUCCGUGGCGGCAGCAGCGCUCGGUCAGCAGGAUUACCAGGCAGCCGUCGCGCACGCCACCGCCAUGAGCGUCGCUUUCAUGCAGCAGCAGCAGGAGCUGCCACUGUGUGGCGACGUGAAGCCUAUGAUGGGCGCACCGCCGUCGAAGCAGCGCGAAGGUGCGCAGCCAGACUCGUGCCCCCAGGAGUCGAGCCAGCCCUCCGGGGAAUACAACGCGCAGUACAAUGCCGCCGGCGGCGACUACUACAACUACCAGGGGAAGGGUUAUAGUGGGCAGCAGCAGAGCAAGCCGCGACCGAACAAGACGCGAACUAGCGCCGAGGGACGGGAAUGCGUCAACUGCGGGGCGACCAGCACUCCUCUAUGGCGACGUGACGGCACGGGACACUACCUCUGCAACGCGUGCGGCCUCUAUUACAAGAUGAACGGACAGAAUCGACCCCUGAUCAAGCCCAAGCGAAGAUUGGUGAGUUCGCUACAAAGUGCAGCGCGAAGGGCAGGCACCUCCUGUGCGAACUGCAAGACGACGACCACGACGCUAUGGCGACGCAACCAAAAUGGCGAACCAGUCUGCAACGCGUGCGGCCUUUAUUACAAACUACAUAAUGUAAACCGGCCCCUUACGAUGAAGAAAGAGGGGAUCCAAACGAGAAAUCGCAAAUUGAGUAGUAAGAGUAAGAAGAAGAAGGGUGGAAUGGGCAUGGGAGGGGGAGGAGCUUGUGCAUUAGCCCUCGGAGGAGUCAUGGGAGACAUGAUCAAGCCCCUAGGAGAUGGAACCAAGGGUUUCGGCGGCUCCGCCUUCCCAUCAGCCAUGGACUUUGGUCAGCACCAAGUUGGUCUCGUCCACCCCGCAGCGGCACACAUGUCCCACUGGUACGGAGCACCACAUCAGGGCUUCGCUCCUCCACCAGCGUCACACAACCCCUACCAUCACCAUCACCUCGCGCAGCUCAAUUCAAUGACUGGCUGGAGGAGUGAGUACACGUGAUAAGUCAACCAAACACAGGAGAAUGCAGUUAAUAAAAUAAUGUCUUUCGUAAACAAGAGUCCUGUCCCAUUGGACGGACAUUAUGACCUUACAAACGAAUCAGCGCUUACGCCCUGAUCUCGUAGAGUGGACACUCCACUCAGAGAUAAAUUCGACACAUCAAUCAAUAAAUAAGACUGUUGAACAGAAUUGACGUUUACAUCUAUACAAACUAGGCUGAGGUGGCAGUGAGAGCGGGAAGCGACGGCCACGCUGUGAUUAACGAGGCUAUAAAGCAGCGAUCAAUCCUUGAGGCUCCCUAGACGAAACCGUCGCCCGCUCGUCGCUCGCACCAACACUCCGCCUCACAGUUUGAAUUGAACUGAACAUAUCCUGAUUUUGAACACAAGUAAAUUUGUCCCAGUUUAUCGUUCCCCAAUGAAAGACUUUGAUAUACCACGAUCAGUUUCCUACAAGUAUUAAAUUAAGAGUGUUUUACAUGAAGUAACUAGCGAAAUUGUACAGUAUUAUAAUAUUAGAUAAGGUCGGUUAUGAAGUCUUUAUCGUAUAAGUAUAGUUCAAAUAAAGAUGAAAUAAUUUUGUGUAUUUGUACAUAUCUCUAUAAGUUAUAUUCCGUUCCUGUGUACAUUGUUUUUUUUUUUAUAUUUAAUUCGAACGUUUCGUUUCGCUAUAGGAAUUGUGAUGUGUUCAGAAGAAUAAUGCGAAGAUUUUUUUGUACAUUUUAUUAUUUGUGUAGAUGUUAUUUGAAUGAAAUGCAAUAGUAAUUUAUGUAAUAGUUUAUACAUGCAAUUUUGUAAAUAAAUAGCAGUUUUCAAUAGUGACAUUUCGCAGAACUGAUUUUGUUAGCGCAUUAACAAUGAUUUCGUCAAAUAAAUUAUUCAAAUGGUCACUAAAUCGAAUUAGCUAUUGAAUAUUUAUGUAUAAAGAAUAAAUUUGUUUGUCACAAGGUGUAUUAUAAAGUUUUGUAUCACAUUACCGUGUAAAAUUAAGGAUAUUGAGUGGCCAUACAUUUUAAACUGCGGGUCUGUGUGUGUGGUUGUAACAUACUUACCAUGAUAUAAUAUCAUAAACAAAUGAAAGUUAUUUGCGCAAGGUGGUCAUAAUACUAUGUUUCGAUUCUUCCGUGCACCUUGUUUUAUACAAUGGUUCAUUAUUAUUAUUUAAUCCACGGGUCACUCCGCUGCAAUCAAGUUUACCUGCAUUCGCUGACUCACGGCCACUUCGUAAUGACCCAAUGUUAGAACUACAAACACGUUCCCGUACCCCAAAAUAUGUAAAUAUGAAAUGUAAAUGAAACAUGUAGAAAAUAAAUGAAAUCAUUAUAAGACUAUCAGGUUAAAAAGAUGUAAAUUAGAGAUCACUGCAAAACAGCCUAUAACGAUAUCCCGUACCUAAAGUUUUUAGUUUUUAAAACAAAACAUUGUGAAGUUGUGUAUUUUAAAUGAAAUUGUGAAUAAAUUAUCAAUAUUGA